AUGGCAUUGUACGCCUUUUUUUCAAGCAGUAGAAAAUUUCAAGAACCAAGAAAGGAGAAAGUACCGCUUACGGAAAACGAACCGACGUCGCCAAUUAAGAUCGACGAUGAUGUAGAGAAGGAGAUAAAGAAGCCGGUGGAAAAAGUUCAACUACUGUCGUGGCGUCAACGAGCCAAGACGUUUGCUAUUGUAUACGGACGCGUAGCCAUUUUAGACUCAAUAGGCGUCUCGGCAUCAGCGGCCACCAACUCGGCAGGAUCCGUCCUUAUCGCUUACACGCUCUACAAGGUGCUGACACCCGUUCGAUGGGCUCUUACAUUUGCUGUAACGCCGGUCAUUUUACGUGCAUUGAGACGCAGAGGAUACAUGCUGGCUACAACAGUUUCACCAUCAAGUCCAUCACCACCACCUCAGUAA